AGUAAACAUUGCGUUCUGCUUAUUCUUCGAUUUGCUUAAAGAUGCGAAAGACCGCCAAAUAUAUAUUAUUUUUAUAUCUCUAUGCGGGCUUUUUAUCACAAACUUCAAAAGCCGAAAACAAUGUAACAGUGCUGCAUAAGAAUGAAGAACCUUUCAUUCAAAUUGGCGAUAAUUAUUAUUUGAUUAAUGCUGCAGUCAAGAUGAAUUGGUUUGAGGCUUUUCUCUAUUGUCGCUCUUAUGACAGUGAUUUGGUCACUAUUGAAACGGAGGUGGAAAUGAACUCAUUAUCAUUCUAUUUAACCACAAAUGCUCAGUUGAAAUCAUUUUGGAUCAACGCCAACGACUUAGCCACGAAGGGCAAAUAUAUGUCAUACAGCAAUGGACGUCCUGUAGCCUAUACAAAGUGGGGAGCUGGACAGCCGGAUAACUCGGGAAAUAAUGAAAACUGUGUACACCUCUUUGCCAAAGAAAACAUUUUCUAUAUGAAUGACAAUAAAUGCACUGCGGAGAUUUUUGCCAUUUGCGAGAAACCAAACCUUUUAGGAUCUCAAGGAAACGACGUAUGCUCGACUUGUGGCUUGAAAAAAUUAAUUGAAAUUUUACAAAACUCUGCAAAUGUUUUGAAUUGCAGAGCUUAGUAAAUUAU